AUGGCGACGGCGAAGAUGAAAGGGAGCACCUUCCCCAGGUUAUCAUCGUUCGACAACCUCCACGGUCUCCCGUCCUUACAGAACCAGCAACAAUCGAACGAGUUUUUCGACCACUGGACGCCGGACGAGGAUAACUUGUUCGAGCACUCGUUGGCGCAAUUCGAGAGUUCGGUGCCCUUGUCCAUCAACGUGCACGCGAUGAACGAUUUGUCGCCGCAGAAUGGAAUCGGAGCUGGGAAUCAUAUUAACAUUUGGGGUCAGAUUUCACAAAUGACAAAGACGCCGGAUGGGAUCAGGAAGAGAUAUAAUCAGUUGGUUGAUGAUAUUCGAGCGAUUGAGAGCGGUCGAGCGAGAGUGCCAAACAACCACGUCGGAGGGAGUUGCGAGGAUAUGACCAGUCCGUGGUGGGGGAGAGAGUUUCAAGACGCGCAGUUUGGUGACACGUCGAGUGAGCCGAGUAGCUCGGAUGGAAGUUUGAAUAACGACGUGCAGUUUAAAGUGCCCGGAUCACCGUCGAGUAAGCUGACGAAGAACAAGAAGAACGGCAGCGGCAACGGCGUGCAAAAGAAGAAGUCUUCCGACGGCGGCGGCGCGACGAAAUCGUCCGCGUCCGGGGGAACGCACGUGACAGCUGGCAGUACCGGUGGUUCCAAGCAACAGCUCACGCACGAGCAAGAGAGAAGAAAAGGCAUUCCGUGGACGGAAGAAGAACACCGUUUGUUUCUUCUCGGAUUGGCCAAAUUUGGGAAGGGCGACUGGAGAUCGAUUUCUCGAAAUUUUGUCGUUUCGCGAACGCCCACGCAAGUUGCCUCUCACGCGCAAAAGUAUUUUAUUCGCUUAAAUUCGAUGAAUAAGAAAGAUAAGAGACGUUCGAGUAUUCACGAUAUCACCGAGGCAAGCGGAGCUUCUGGGGCGAGCACGGCAUCUGGCGCCUCGACGCAGUUUGCGCGAUAA